AUGGGCGAGAAUGUAUCUGCCGUGCUUCAAGAAGAGAAGAUGCCACCUAAGUGCAAGGACCCAGAUAAAGCCAUGUUAGACUUAGGCGCAUCUAUAAAUGCCAUGCCUUACUCGAUUUAUUCAUCACUAAAUGUGGGACCUCUUGAGAGGACGGGAGUUGUUAUACAACUCGCCGAUAGGUCGAAUGUGUAUCCCAAGGGAGUCCUUGAGGAUGUGUUGGUUCAAGUUAACGAGUUGGUCUUCCCGGCUGAUUUCUAUGUCAUAGAUAUGGAGGAACAUAAUACCUCCAAAUCACCUUUGAUAUUGUUGGGAAGACCAUUUCUGAAAACAUCAAAAACAAAAAUUGAUGUUCAUGAUGGUACGCUAACUAUGGAAUUUGAUGAUGAGGUUAUUAAAUUUAAUAUCUAUGAUGCCAUUAGAUAUCCCAGUGAUGUGUCUUCUGUCAGUUUUGUUGAUGUUUUGGAUCUUAUUACUCAUGAUUUGUAUGACUUGACUAACCGAAAUUUGUUGGAGGUUGCGAUUACAAGGCACCUAGAUGCAAGGACAGUUAAUUUGUUGAUGAAGGAGUAUGAUUUAGGGCCCGAGCUUAAAGAGAUAGUCUUAGCCAUGGAAUCUAAUCGACAUACAAAGUUUCAGGCCCCGGUACUUGACUUGAAGGAGUUACUGGACCACCUCAAGUAUGCCUACCUAGGCAAGGACAAUACUCUACCGGUGAUCAUUUCUACUGAGCUGUCAAGCGAAGAAGAAAAACGGUUGGUGAAUGUGCUUGAAGAGCAUAAGGAGGUGAUCGACUGCACUAUAGCUGAUAUCAAUGGAUUGAGCCCCUCAGUUUGUAUGCAUAAGAUUCUACCCGAGGAUGACUACAAUCCUUUCCGUGAAGCUCAACGAUGCCUCAAUCCGCCUAUGAUGGAGGUAGUGAAAAAUGAGAUCCUUAAACUCCUUGACACAUGUAUUAUCUAUUCAAUUUCAGAUAGCAAAUGGGUAAGCCCUAUUCAAGUAGUACCCAAAAAGAUGGGUUUGACGGUAGUUAGGAACACCGAAGGGUUCUAUAGGAGAUUCAUUAAAGAUUUUUUGAAGAUAACCCGACCACUUUGUUGUCUCUUACAAAAGGACGUGGACUUCUACUUCGAUGGUGAAUGCAAGAAGGCAUUAAAUGAAUUAAAAGAUAAGUUAACUUCUGCACCCAUAAUUCAGCCCCUAAAUUGGGAUCUCCCUUUUGAGAUCAUGUGUGAUGCGAGUAAUUACGCGGUCAGGGCUGUUUUGGGACAGAAGUUUGUUAAGGACCCACACAUGAUAUAUUAUGCUUCUCGGACGUUGGAUAGUGCCCAAAGCAACUAUUCAACGACCGAGAAGGAGCUUUUGGCCAUAAAGAAGGACGCCAAGCCUCGCCUUAUCCGUUGGAUGUUGCUUUUACAAGAGUUCAACCUAGAGAUUCUGGAUAAGAGCGGAUCAGAGAACUUGGUGGCCGAUCAUUUGAGCCAUUUGCUAAAUGGUGAGGAUCCUUCUACCUUGAAGGAUGAAUUUCUGAACGAGCAUCUUCUGACCGUUCAAGAGACGACACCUUGGUAUGCCGACUUAGUGAACUAUCUAGUUACUAACACUUUGCCAGUUUAUGGUAAACCAUGUCAUCUACCUGUUGAACUAAAGCACAAGACCUUUUGGGUUGUCAAGAAGUGUAGCAUGCGGAUGGAUGACGCGGGAGUUCUAAGGAAGCUACAAUUUCAAAAGUUAGAGGAAAUCAAAAAUGACGCAUACGAGAGCUCCAAUAUCUACAAGGAGCGGACCAAGGCUUUCUACGACAAGCUCAUCUCCCGGAAAGAGUUUGUGGUCAGACAAAAGGUUUUACUCUUUCAUUCAUGCCUAAAGCUGUUUCCCGGUAAGCUUAGAUCACGAUGGGUUGGUCUUUUAAUAGUUGUUAAGGUUUAUGCUCAUGGAGCAGUCGAUAUUGAAAGCCCAAAAACGAGUAAGUCAUUUAAGGUGAACGGGCAUAGACUGAAACCUUUUAUGAAGGUUUUCAGUCUACGAACAUUGAUGUUAUGGCUCUUGAGCCACUGCCCGUUGUUAGUUACUUUAGGUAGUGUCUAG